AAGUAGGAUACCACUGAUCAAUCCUUAUUCUGCACCGCUCUUUUACUUGGGGGAAAUGAUACCAUGCGAGUAGAAGAAGCGCAUUUACGCACGGAGAACACUGAGAUCAAUUAUGCAACGUUGAUGUCCCUCUGAGGUUUUUGGGGGGAAAAAAAAGAAAAAAGAAAAAAAUCUAUAAAUAUUCACUGUUUGAGGAUGAUGGGGAUCUUCACACUUACCUCUGUGCUGCAUCUUUUUGGAAGUUAGUCUGGAGGAAACCCUGCUGAACUUCUCCAAGUAACUCGCCUUUUCUGUGCAGAAACAUGCAGACCAACAGCAGCGCCUCCGGACCUCUGACCACGCUGAGUGUGUGCGGAGGUGAAGAGGAUGAAGGCGAAAUCACCAAACUGGUCAACCCCACAGGAGCAGCCUCCAACCCGGCAGCUUUUAACCUCUCCCUGAACUGCUGGCUCCACAUCCUGUCCAAAGAAUCCUCCCUGGACCUGCACGGAGACAGCGCGAACCUGGCUGUGCGUAUCCUCAUUGCUCUGGUCUACCUGGUGGUGUGCGUCCUGGGGCUGGUGGGGAACCUCCUGGCCCUCUUCCUGCUCCACUCCCGCCGCAGGGGUCACCAUCACUCAUCUAUUGAUAGUUUUGUGAUGAGCCUGGCUCUGACGGACCUCCAGUUUGUUCUCACCCUGCCCUUCUGGGCUGUGGACACUGUGCUGGACUUCCGUUGGCCCUUUGGUCGGGUCAUGUGUAAGAUUGUGAGCUCGGUCACUACCCUGAACAUGUACGCCAGCGUGUUUUUCCUCACGGCCAUGAGCGUGACACGUUACCAUUCUCUGGUCACCUCUUUGAAGAUGGAGAGUCCGAGGAUCGCCACCACUAGGGCCAAGUGGGCGAGUUUGGCCAUUUGGGUGGUGUCACUGGUGGCUACGCUGCCUCAUGCUUUCUACUCCACUACAGUCCAGGUAUCUGCAGAUGAUGAGCUAUGCCUGGUGCGAUUUUCAGACUCAGAUUCAGGACGCUGGGAUCCCCAAGUCUUACUCGGACUCUAUCAAACACAGAAAGUCCUUCUAGGAUUUGUUGUGCCCUUGAUUAUCAUCAGUGUCUGCUACCUCCUGCUGCUGAGGUUCAUACUGAGCCGCCGCAUUGUUGGCAGCGUGGUCAGCGGGGGCGUCAUGGAGAGGUCAGAGUACGAGAAGGGUCGCCACCGCCGUCGCUCCAAAGUCACUCGCUCCGUCACCAUCGUAGUUCUGUCCUUCUUCCUCUGCUGGCUGCCAAACCAGGCUCUGACAUUGUGGGGGGUGCUGAUUAAGUUUGACUUAGUGCCGUUCAGUAAAGCCUUCUACAACACCCAGGCCUAUGCUUUCCCGCUGACUGUGUGUCUAGCUCAUGCUAACAGCUGCCUCAACCCUGUGCUCUACUGCCUGAUCCGCAAAGAGUACAGAGCUGGACUGAAGGAGCUCCUGGUCAGAGUAUCUCACUCUGUCCAGAACGUUCUGACUCGGGCCCUCAGAGGGAGGAGAGUAGAGGAAGCACCACCCAGUCUGGUUAUGGUUCACAAAGACAUUAAUAUGUGAUUUACUCUGUUCAUACUAAAGGGAAAGAAGUUGUGUUUUCAUUGGUGCCAUUUUUCUAACCUUUUUCUGUCUGACGAUUUCACUAUCAGUUAAAAACAUAUUAGGUUUUCUCACAUUUAAAGCACUUUACAUUAAUCUAAAGGGGCUGUAUGUAGUAUUGAUAUUCCAAAGGGAUGUCAUGUACCAGAACACACUUAUGAAUACUAAAACCAUCAACCAAUCAACACUAUGAAUCCACAAACCGUAUCACUCAUUGAAUACAGUAUAAAGCUCAUUGGUAAACACAGCACACAUCUGUUCUAUGGUAUUCUCAAGCUUUCUCAAGCCAAAUACAAACUGACAGCUUGUUGUUUUGACAGCCAAUGAAAAUAACAGUCUUCUAAUAUUGAUGUAGGUUACUGCGUUUGCCAAUAUUUUACAGUAUAGCUCUGUUAUCUUAUUUCUGUUUUUAGACAGAAAACUGACACAGUGAAACUACAAAUCACCCCCGUUUUCCACACGUUUUGUCUUUUUAAUAGCUGCACUAAAGAUUAGUUUAGAAUCAUCCAAGUCUUAACUUAACUGUGGAUCAAAAAACUUUGAACUUAGGAAACAAAAUAACAUAACUACCAGUAACUUUAUAUGUUCGCAACCUUUGUAAUCAAGCUCACCAGUGGAGACGAAAUCCUGCAAUUUUAGCAAUAAACUCGAUCCUGUUAAUUUAGAGCUGUGACCCGUGGUG